AACAGUGAAUUUAUGAGAGAUGAGACAAUGACCCAGGGCAUUGGAUAAAAGUUAGAUUAAAAUCUAAAAACUGGAUCGGCAUUAAGUGCUUAAUCAACUGAAAAUUAUGAUUUGGGCAACACUGAGAUAACAAUCAUGAGACAAAUGUGUGUCGUUGGUUUAGUUAUUAUUUUAGCAGAGUUGCAAUUAGGCUGGGGUUGGCACUGGUGCUAUGUAUGCACUGGGGUAGGAGAAGACAAGAUGUGUGAAGAGAGUCCACAAUCAGUUACAGUUGGUCCAAAAGCCAUCAACUGUACGAAUAACUUCUGCACAGCAAUCAAAGUGACUCACAGAGAUAAUAGAGCAACUCACUCAAUAGCAAGACUCUGUGAGAAUGAGGAUAGAGGGAACUGGUGUUAUUACGACAAACGCUAUAUAACUUGUUACGUUACAUGUGCCACAAGUUUCUGUAAUGAUGUCAAUCCUAAAUAUAUGAAUAUGCCAAAGAAAACAGAUCCAGUCCAAACUACUCCAUACUACAAGAAAUCCCCUUCUGGUGAACGUGUUGCAGAUAACGUAUGGGUACCUGAUUCUAAAGGCAAUUCUAAAAAUCAACAUAAUGAUAAACUCUGGGACAAUGAUAUCAUGGUUGAUAAUAACUAUGGACCAACUAGUGAUGCAUUUGUAGAUGUUGAAAAGGAAAAUGGGACCUCGAUUACGCGUAAUGCUGCAAUAUCUCUUGACUCAAAAGGCGGAAACAUCGAGACAUUUGCAUAUAUUAUUUUGUACAUUGCUAUUGUAGUUAAGCUUAUGAUUGCAUAACUUGUAUAUAGUGC